AUGGUCACUCAAAUCUCUUCUUCCGCUGACUUCGAUAAAGCCAUCCAAGCCGACAAAUUGGUCGUGGUAGACUUUUUUGCUACCUGGUGCGGUCCUUGCAAGAUGAUUGCUCCUAUGUUGGAAAAAUUCGCCGCUGAAUACUCUUCCGCUGACUUCUACAAGCUGGACGUUGACGAAGUGCCAGAAGUGGCCCAGAAAUCUGAAGUCUCAGCCAUGCCUACCAUUGUCUUAUUCAAGAGCGGAAAGGUCGUUGACAAGAUCGUUGGUGCCAACCCAGCGCUAAUCAAGCAGAAGAUUGCUGCCAACGCUUAA